GCAUACUCGGUUUCGAUUUCAUAUUGCUCAUUGCAAGGGAAGCAUCCGCAUUUCAAAGAAGUGAGAGACUGCUGAGCCAGACGCUUUACACAAACUCAGAGUCCUAAGGAUUCCCAUUUUGAAUCUCAACAUGGUCUUUUCCUCUUCCUGUGAUAAGCCUGAAACGUUGAAUGAAUUGACCCAACUGAGAGACUGUGAAUUUGGUCAGCCUCACCCCAGGCAUGGGCUGAGGCUCCUUCAUUGGCUUGCCCAUGACCGCUUCAUUUAUGACCACUACUACCAUUCGGCAACCCUCCGGUGUGAACCCCGUAGAGGUGACUAUGGGUUUCAUUACUUUCAGAACCGAGAGAAUGAUCUGCCUUCUGUGAGAGAUGGGUACAACUACUACAUAGUAGGCAAUCUGAAUGAGCCAAAGGCGCAGCAUUUACCUUCCUAUGUUUGGGAAAACAACAGUGGGUACCAGGAUGACAGCAACCGUGACCGCAUUAUCCUCAGCAUGGGCCCUGGGAAUGUUAUCGACAAGAUAUAUGCCACUGAGCACCAGGGAAAAGGGCGUUUUAACAACAAGCGCACAUAUUGCAUCAGUAAAGGCCUGAUGAUGAUAAUCAAGGAGCUGGAGCUGCAAACGUUUUUACAUCAGAUGAAGAACAACCGACUCAGCCUACAAGCCCCAGAAGUGAGGGCUGCUUCUGCCUCCAUGCCCCCUACAGUGAUCGACACCAAGUCCUCUUCCCCUUCCCGUGGAUUCUGGGAAGACUAUUGUAUCAUACUUUGAGCUGUUCCAUGUGCCUUUCAGGCAUCAUACCUCUAUACCUGGGGCAGUCUCUGAGCUGCUGGAGUGAUAGUUACUUUUUCUUUUUUAUUCAAUUUAAGCUGACUGUCUACUCCAAGCUUCCUUAUCUUCCUCCUUAUCCUACUGAUGUCCUGUAUUUUUAGUUCCAAGAAGUUACCAGUCCAGUGGCUGAACAACGAAUUGACCCAGGUAUGCAUAACUGGUGAUCAUGAUGGGAAAGCUGGUGUGUUUGUGUGUGUGUCACAGUUGUGCCCAAGUCAUUUUGAGCAAGUCCAAGUCAAGUCUCAAGUCGAAAUCAAAAUUUCACCCCCCCCCCCCCCCCCCAUCAUCUCAGCUCACACUUUUUAAAAUGUCAUUAUUUGAUUUUAAUAUAAAGGGUGAAGAGUUCAGUAAUUUGGAUUAUUGUAGAGUCAAAGGUCAUGACCUUUAAAUUAGUGAGGUACACUAAUGAAAUGUAUUAAUUUAUCAGCAUUUAAAGAUAUAGUUCUUUGAAAUUCUGUAAUAUUUGUCUUACCUUGAAAGUAGUUAUUUUCACAAACUGUCCCAUGCCUUCUGCUGUAGUCAAUAUUAACUUUACAGUGAUGAACCUCAGCUAGGACCCGGGAAUUCCUUUUUGAAGUCAACAAUAGCUGCAGCAAACAAGUCAAAAGUCAAAACAUGACUAACUACUUAUAAGCAAAGAAAUGGAAUUGUGCAGUGUGGGUAGGUCCUACUCUUAAUUAUAAUUAAUUAAUCGUGAUCAGCACUGGUCAUGCAAAGUAUGUAAAAAAGAAAAGAUCACCACAUAAUUGUGAGCAGUAAGAACAUUUAAAGAGAAGUAUCAAAGAUUGUGAAAAAGUAGGAGACACGGAACAAGAAUCAUGAUGUUAAUGCAAUUUCUCCCAUGGAGAGGCAAGAUCAGGCCACUUCCCAACUCUUUGUUAUGUAUGACUGGACUGUACUUAACCACUCCACACACUGAAAUCUUUUGAGAUCAUUAUUAGAACCAACUGUCCGAAUGCUCUGUUUCUCUCUCGCGCGCAUUAUAUUAAACCUGAAAUCUCUUGCUCUUGAGAGAAGUUGACAGUGUGUUCUUCAUUGUCCUGCAUUUAAUUCCAUGGAGAAGGGCAAAAUAUCCUAACAUUGUAUAUUAAUAUAUUUAUUG